CCCCCCCCUCGUGGGGCCGCCUCCUGUCAGCUCCUGAGGCCUGCGUGGAAAGGCCCGCGGGGCUCCGCCAAUGGAGCAGGCGCUCAGGCCCGGCCUGUGGAAGGCCGUGGGGCUGUGGCCCGCCCGCCACGGCUGUCGGUGGUGGGGAGUGAGACGCUGCUCCACGCGGGAGCAGGGGCCCCCGAGCUUCGCACCGACAGCCACGCGUGGGGACGGGGAAGGGCCGCCCCGGGGUGGGGAUGGCGGUGGUUGCCUUCCCCCGCUAGCCCUCCCGCAGGGUGAUGGGGCCGUGACCCAGCCUUGUGUCUCCCGUGGGGGUCUGGCCCCACGGAGCCGGCCGUGGCACAGGGCACAGGAGAGCAGGGCCAGGCAGGCUGUGCCAGCCCCCAGGGAGUCGUGGAGCUGGCGAGAGGGUGACUUCUUGAAGGCAAGGAAGAGCCCUGAACGGAAGGCUCUGUCCAUGGAGAGGACUAAAGGCUCAGAGAUCUUAUUUGGGAUCGCACCCUGUUCCCUGGCCCUCUCCCAGUCCAGGAGGAACCUCUUCAGGUUGUUCCUCAAGGAGAGCAGCGGCUCUCGGCGGCUUGUUAUGAGUGAGUUUGUCCUUCAGGCCACGGCCCGAGGAGUCCCCGUGCACCAUGUCAGAAGGAGAGAGCUGGAUGCUCUUUGCCGAGGUCAGGUCCACCAGGGAGUUUGUUUGGAGGCCACUCCUCUCGGUUUCAAGAGUUUGGAGGAAGCCGAAAAGCCUGAUUUGGGGGAUGAAGAGAGUCCAAACCGACAGCUGAUUUGGCUGGUGUUGGAGCAGAUUCAGGAUCCCAUGAACCUGGGGGCAUUGCUGCGCACUGCCUACUUCUUGGGGGUGGACAGAGUGGUGACAAGCCAGAGGAACAGCUGCCCCUUGACUCCCACAGUGAGCAAAGCAAGCUCUGGAGCUAUGGAAGUCUUCGAUGUCUACAGCACAGAUGAUCUCCGGAGCUUUUUGAAGGCUAAAACCGCAGAAGGCUGGGAAGUGGUGGGAACUGUCAGCACACCUGAGGAUGUGGAAAAUGUUCCUGUCAUCAGUUGCUUGGAAUUUCAGUGGAAUAAACCCGUCAUUAUAGUAAUAGGUAGUGAAGGUGAUGGACUUUCCCUGGAGACACAGCUCUUGUGCCAUCGGAUGCUGGCCAUACCCCCUGGCAGAGCGCUUCACCCCGGCAUCGAGUCACUGAACGUCUCCGUUGCUACUGGUAUUCUCCUGCACUCCAUCUGCAGCCAGAAAAUGAGGCGUGGUGAUUGAAUGGGGUUUUUUUUAUUUGGUGGGGGAAGCUGCUUGGCGUUUCAUGGCCGUGCUCUGUGGGUGUGGAUGUGGAAGUGUUCCUUCCAGGGCAGAGCCCCAUUGACCUGAGCUACAUUUUGGCUGACACACAACGCCACCAAAACCCUGGCUGAACGGCAAAGUCGGAGACCUGCAGGUACCAGGUGACACCUCCCACCAGCACCUUGGAGGAGCAGCUGUAAGGAAGGGAGACAAAGCUAGGUUUUAAAAGCAGACAGCCAAAUCCUGCAGUUUUUUGCAGUUAAAUACCCGGUGAUGGCUGUGAGCCUUGUGCUUGUUGGACUUUGUACAUCGCUUGUGCUCUGGAGGGGAUUUGGGCUGUAGGUGAGAGAUGGUGCUCAGCUGGUGCUGCUGCUGAGAGCAGCUGUCCCCAAACCCACCCCGUGCCCGAGCCCACCAACCCCUUGGCAGCCUGGGGGGGUGCUGGGGAGAACCAGGUAUGACUUGGGACUACUCAGUACCAAUUUCUUCAUCAUGAGGCGGUUUCGUUGUUACAAACUGCUGCAGGAAUGUCUUGAAAGCACACAGUGUUGUAUUUGGUUGUGAACCAGGUCUGAGCCCCGCCAAAGGAUGGACAUGAGCGGUUAGAAAACAGCUGUAGUGGGGAAAAACGUGGCCCAUUGAAAUAAAGCCUCUGUAAAGAU